AGCAGUUCAAAUAUUUGAAAUCUGCUUGUUUGAAUGCAGCAAGGAAAGCAGCACAAGCUAAUGAUCAAAAGUUUCUUCUGCCAAAGAGGAGUUGUCCUAAGGUGGAGCCUGGGAGGGAGGACCCAGGACAAUGGCUGCUACUCAUUAUUUGGAGAUGGAGGAGAUGAGUUUGAAUGCACAUGCGAAAGAAGGACUUGAAGAAGAAGAGAAAAUGAGAGAGGAUAAGGAAGCUAAGGAUUCUUUUAAGAGUAAAAAGGUUCACAGGAUUGUUUCAAAAUGGAUGCUGCCUGAAACUGCGCGGACAAGGUACUUGGAGAGAGCAAACUGCUUCCCGCCCCCUCUCUUCAUCAUCUCCAUCAGCAUCGCCGAGGUAAAUAUGCUGGGUAGUGGGGUUUUAAGUGUGAUGCACAUAUCAGUUCCUUUCCUUCCCCUGGCAAUCCAUGGAGGAUCCCUUGCCAGCUCCAUCUUUGACCCACUCAAAUUUCUUGUGGGUGCUUCAGGAGGAGUCUAUGCUCUGAUGGGAGGCUAUUUUAUGAAUGUCCUAGUGAAUUUUCGAGAAAUGAUUCCUGCCUUUGGAAUUGUCAGACUACUGAUCAUCGUCCUUAUAGUUGGGUCAGACAUGGGAUUUGCUCUCUACAGGAGGUUCUUUGUCCCUGCAAGCGGGUCACCGGUGUCUUUCGCAGCUCACAUUGCAGGUGGAUUUGCUGGAAUGUCCAUAGGUUACACUGUGUUUAGCUGCUUUGAUCAGGCACUGCUGAAAGAUCCAAGGUUUUGGGCGGCAAUUGCAGCUUAUUUAGCUUGUGUUUUAUUUGCUGUGCUGUUCAACAUUUUCCUGUCUCCAGCAAACUGACCUGCUCUAUCAUAAACCAAUUAAUAAAGAGAGCCAUCUGGGAAAAAAGCUGGAGAAUCUAUGAAGAAACUGAGAAGUGCCAGCAAAUGCAGGGCAAAGCACCACUCAGGUCUUCAGUUCCAAAGACUGUUUAUAAAAGGACUUACAGUUUAAGGAAGGGGUUUCUGAAUACUAAGGGUGGGAAUGAAGAGGAAGAGAAAAAAGGGAAGUGAAAAUUAGAGAUUAGGUCUUUUCCAGGCAUUGGGUGCACAUGUAUGUGGCCUCUUAAAGGGAUGAUAUAUUCUGCAGAUUGCUUACUAGAAUCCAUAAUUCUGUACUAUGCUGACAAUAAACACUUUUCAUAUCUGUGUCAGACUAUUAAUAAUCACUUUGGAUCACUGUUUGAAUUGAUUGAUCAUUGUUUGAGGUGCUUUGUAGAAAUUAGUGCUAAUCUUUUUAACAACCCAGAAUGGUAGUUAUUACUCUGUAUCUUAGAGUAUGUGGAGACUCUUUAAACAAAUCAAGUAAUUUGUCUAAGAAAGGGCAGAAUUUAUGGUACAUUGAAAUCCCACACUUUCCUCCCUUCUAGGUCUAACAGUGCUAUGUUCCCCAAACAUUGAAGGUUAAGAGCAUUAUAGGAGCACAGUGAGGCCUUAUUUAACAUUGUCAGUAGGUUUUUAGAAGCUGGGGCUUUAAGAAAAGCUGCAGCUCUUUGAAUAACAUUAACUUAGUGAAUUUUGUUUUUUCUCAUAACAUUAUAAUGAAAAAACCUUGAACAAAAUGAUGUUAUUGGAGGACCAGUAGUAUAGGAAUAAACAUUUCUGUGGGUGUGCCAUGAAUAGUAGACACACCUUACAGACGAAGAAUGGGAAUUUUCUGGAUUGUUAAAGGUUUUAAGAGUGUGUCUAGGACUCCAAGGAACCUGGACUCUGGAUUCUCAUCCAUAAGAUUCUCAUUCUUCACGUUGCUCUCCUCAGAGCAGGCAGGACUUAUUUACAGAGGUAAAUUGUCAUAUCUGAAAGCUUGAAGCUCAUGUCCUUUCUUUGCAGACAACGCAGAUUGUUGGACAUUCCUUUCCAAAAUAGUGGUUUUGGGUAAUCCGAGCACAGGAAAUAACAUUUUUUUUCUUUUAUCAUCAUUGUAUUUUAUUUAGAAACACCCAUCUAGACAUGUUGCUGUCUUCUGAAAGGAGCAUACACACUUCAUUCGAUAAAGUGAGAAAAAUAUUGAUAGUAUCUCAGGAAAAAUGGAUCCGGGAUUUGUUAAAAAUUUGAGUAUAAGAAUAUGGGUAUGGGGUCUCCCCUGGUGGUGCAGCGGUUGAGCGCUGGGCUGUGAAGCUGCCCGCAGCCUCUGCAGUGCUGGUUCGAUCCCUGGCCACCGGCGAGGGUCCCACAUGGCGUGACAGACCUCUCCUGCCUUGCCCGCUGCUCCUCUCAGCAGUGUAUUUCGUCAGUCUGCCUGUUCUGUUCCCCACACUGUCUCUGGUGAAUCCUUUCAGCCUCCCGCAAAUCUGGCCCGUACCCCGGUUCUUGUAUA